AUGGAUAAAUUAAGGAGAGCAUUAAGUGGUAAUGAUCAAUGUGAUGAAGAAAGUGGUAUUAUUACUCAGGUUAUGAAUGAAAGUACGUUAAGUUGGUCAACUCGAAUAAAAGGUUUUGCUAUUUGUUUUAUUGUUGGUCUUCUCUGCUCCUUCCUUGGAUCCUUUGCAUUAUUUUUACACAGAGGACUUACAGUAUUUGCUAUAUUUUAUACAUUAGGGAAUAUCAUCUCAUUAACAAGCACAUGUUUUCUAAUGGGUCCAUUCAAUCAGUUUAAGAAAAUGUUUGCAACUACAAGAGUGAUUGCAACUAUUUUAGUAUUUGCGGCAAUUGCAUUAACAUUAUUUGCAGCUUUACAUCUGAAGAAUGCUGGAUUGGCUCUUUUAUUUAUAAUUAUUCAAUCAUUGGCAAUGACUUGGUAUUCUUUGUCGUAUAUUCCCUAUGCACGUGAUGCUGUUAAAAAGACUAUUGAAUCAUGUAUCACAUGA